AUGGAUCCAUUGAUUGUAGUGAAUGGGAAUCUCUCAAUGAAGCAUUGCGAUGAUCCAUUUGAUCAUAAAAUGUUUGGAUUUUGGCUUAAUGGAAUCGGAAUGAAUAUAAUUGGAGUCAUCGGUAUCUUUGGUAACAUCAUAACAAUACUUGUCCUGUCAAGACCACGCAUGAGGAACAGCAUUAAUCAUUUACUCAUAGGAUUAGCCAUUUCGGACCUGCUUGUGUUAAUAACCGCAAUAUUAAUGGUUGGACUAGCUGCAAUAUAUCCAUAUACAGGACGGAUAAAACUUUACAAUUAUAAUAUACAUCCAUUCCUGCUUAUUGUGGUUUUACCUUUUGCAAAUAUUGCACAAACUGCCAGUACCUACAUGACAUUAUUAGUAUCACUAGAACGUUACAUUGCUGUGUGUUAUCCAUUAAAGGCGAGAUCACUUUGUACAAAGAAACAUGCAAAGUUCUGCAUGAUGAUAGUCGCCGCAUUCUCAAUUCUAUACAAUGGAGUCAAGUUCUUUGAACUUCAAUUAGUGGAAGGUAUAGAUCCUGAUUAUGGAACAUUUUACUGCCCACGAGCCAGUCCAUUGAGACGUGAUCCUUAUUAUAUAAAAUAUUACAUACAUUGGAUGUACUUAAUCGUCAUAAAUGUAAUUCCACUGUCGGCAAUUACAUUCUUUAAUCUACAAAUUUUCAUGAGAGUCAAAACAGUAAACAAAAUGAGAUAUCAGCUGACACAGAGAGAAAUGCAAGACAUUAAGCUGACGUCAAUGCUUUUUGCAGUUGUCGCUGUAUUUCUCAUAUGCAAUUCACCUGCUGUACUUAGUAACAUUUACGAAUCUUUCCUUACAAAUAUCAUGAUCGAUGAUCGACUUGUUAAAAUAUCAAAUUUCAUGAUUGCCCUUUCAUCAAGUGUUAACUUCAUCAUUUAUGUUGUGCUAGUGAAAAAGUUCCGAUUAGUGUUUGUUGAUCAAAUGAAAUCAAUUCUACUGUGCAGUGUCGCGCCACAAAAGCAAAUGCCAUUUAAUCGACGAAUCUCACGAUUGGAUUCUGAAAGAUAUAGUGUUAGUCAUACUACAACAGAUACACUGACGACAAGUUUAUGUUGA